UUUGCCCGGGGCCGCCGGGGGUGUGCCCGGGGAGGGCGGUCCGGGCUCCGAGACGGGCUCCGAGCCGAGCCGAGCCGAGCCGAGCAUAUGCGGGAGAGCCUGGCCAGGCUGUCGCGUUCUUUUCCCUGCCCUCAGGCGAGGAAGGCACUUGGAGGGGCGGCGACGGCGCCUAGAGCAGUGGGAGCCCUGAAGCAAGUCUCCCAAGACCAGCUGAGAUCAUGAAACUGGAAGCAUUUGUCAUUCUUGUAAGGUGAAAACUGUCAUAGAAGUGAAUGUGAUGGCUGGCAAGGCAAGUUAUAGUCUCAGUUCUUUAAAAAUGGGAAAUGAAGCCUUUCAGGGAGGCUUUCAAGAGGAAGAGCUAAUAAAUUACUCUGAAGUUGAUACAAGCUUCUCUGGGAAAAAGAGCAGGGCUGGAAAGCCGGUGAUAGAGAGCAGCUGUUUUCAGAUACUUGCACUAAAUCUCAGACGUGCUUUCCUGUCAGCUGCUGCAGUGCAGAAGAUUAACAGACAUGUCCAUAGCACUCAAGCAAGUCUUUAAUAAAGAUAAGACUUUCCGCCCAAAACGCAAGUUUGAACCUGGAACCCAAAGGUUUGAACUUCACAAACGAGCACAAGCAUCUCUCAACUCAGGUGUGGACUUGAAAGCAGCGGUGCAGUUGCCCAGUGGAGAAGACCAGAAUGACUGGGUGGCUGUUCAUGUUGUUGACUUCUUCAAUAGGAUCAACCUCAUUUAUGGAACUAUCUGUGAGUUCUGCACAGAGAGGACAUGCCCAGUGAUGUCUGGAGGCCCCAAGUAUGAGUACCGGUGGCAGGAUGACUUGAAGUACAAGAAGCCCACAGCAUUGCCAGCACCCCAAUAUAUGAAUCUUCUCAUGGACUGGAUCGAAGUGCAAAUCAACAACGAGGAUAUAUUUCCUACAAGUGUAGGUGUUCCCUUUCCAAAGAACUUUCUCCAGAUCUGCAAGAAGAUACUCUGUCGGCUUUUUCGGGUGUUCGUUCAUGUCUACAUCCAUCAUUUCGACCGUAUCAUCCUUAUGGGGGCUGAGGCCCAUGUCAACACCUGUUACAAGCAUUUUUAUUAUUUUGUGACAGAGCUCAACCUCAUAGACCGCAAAGAACUAGAGCCUUUGAAAGAGAUGACAACCAGGAUGUGUCACUAAAAAAUACCUACUGAAAACAAGCAAAGUCCAAUUUCCUUCCUACUGCAAAGUUCAAGAACCUGACAGCUCCUAUGAACUGAGCCUGCUUGUUAAUCCCUGAAAGCAGGAAAGUUGGGAGCCACAGUUACUGUCACAAAUGCUUCUCUCCAGUGUCAAUGUUGUUACACCUAAAUAUGCUGCUAGGAACCUCAUCUGAGCAACAUGGAUUAUUGAGAAAAAGAAGAAUCAUAUCAGUUCUAGCUCCUUUAUCAGGGAUAAAAACCUCUUCAGCCACAAACAAUGGCAGACAGUGCCCCUGCUGCUAAAGCUUUACUGAAAUUCAGGUCCCUGGGCUGACCUCCAGACAUUGUUUUGAAAUGAAAUCUGCAAUCUUGCUUUCUUUUCCUUUUGUUUCUUAGUAUGUGCUUUCUUUCCUAACUCCAACAACUAUUAAGAGGGUCUGGAAUCAAAGAAGACUUAGCGUUUAAUGCCUCCUACCCCACUCCAGGUCACCCAAGGCUUUCCCACCCUUCCCAAAUGCCAGCAGGCCUUGCGUUUCUAGGAAGACAGCCACAUCUUUCAGCUGAACAGGCAGUUUAUGCUUCAUUGUGACUCACAAUUUAAUGACAAUGGGAAGGUUUCUGAUCUCAACUAUGUGAACAAGGAUCCAGAUAUAGCUCUGCAGUGCUGAGGUAUUUUCCCUGGAUUCAUGCUGUGACUGACAGCAAAUGUUCACAGUAUCUCUAUAUUACAUAAAAAAACCAGCUACAGUCAUCGUUUUCCUGAAGUACCCUAUGAAGUACACCAAUCUGUCGUGUAAUUUCACAUCCUUCUAUCCGCUUUGGAAAAGGAUCUUUCUCAAUCACCUUAAAAUUGCAUCUUUUCAGAGAAAAAUAAGUUGAAUUUAAGUAACUUGCAGGAAGAUACAGUAAAGAUGAGUAGUAAAAAAAAGGUUAGAGCAAGAGGGUCUAAUUGAAGGUCUCUGUUGCAGCUAAACUAUGCCCAGCAAUGUGACUUACUUUGUACACUGGGCUAACACAAUAUUUUUUCCAGAACCUAAUCCAAGUUAAUCAGCACUUGUAGGGACAGUCUGGAAGGAUCCAUUGCAGGAAAUCAAGUCUUCUACACCAAGUAUGCCCUGAGGAAGCUUUCUUCUGGAGAAAAAAAAAUUAGAAAUGGAAGUGAUACUUAACAGAGGUAUCUCAAGAGAAAUACUUCUGAAUAAAUGGGAAUCAAGUGGAACACAUCAAUGUAUUCUGUGCCUUGUAAUGAAUUUUGCACACUUGGGUUAUUAUAAAAAGUUACUUUUUCCUUAGUAAGUGCUGAACCCCGUUGCUGCCUUCUCCUCAAAUAAGUUUAGGUAUGUUUACAUCUUCUGAGACAGAAACAGAAGAAAAUCUCAUGGAAUAUCCAGUCAUUGGAACAUUUGAAAUAGAGGGGUAGCAGACACUAAAGAAUAACAGCAAAUAUCUUCUAGCUUAAUGUCGUACCACAUUCUGAUUUACUUGCCUGCUUGCUUAAAUUAGGGCUUGUAAAAUUCUUGCUGGGAAAAGUGCUUUUGUCUGUCAGCAUUUGGUGUACCUAUGAUGGGGUCUUUUCUGCAUCUCUAGAACUACACAAGCAGCAUUAUCCUUUUCUUUCAAGGGGGUGGAGCUAAGUGUUCCUACCUCCUUUGGUAGUCUUUGCAAUCAGGUAAUUCUUUGGGGAUUGGAAUUCACACACUGAUGAUUUCUGGCACUUCUGCAUGAUUAUAACUAGCUUCUGGAAUUCUUUGCCACAGCUACUUCUGAGCUUACCUCAUUUUAAAGAUGAAAAAUAUGACUUCUUUGGGGUGGUUCAUGUAGCUGACGACUGCCUGGAAUUACAACUUCGAUUGCUCAUAAAGGGUUUCUUGAACUCCUCCAAAGUGUCUGGGCUGUGGCUGUUUGAGAUGGAGCUGUAGCUGAUGCAGUGCACUUGAAUUCCAUUUCCACCAUGGACAGUUGCCAUGUGGUGUUCUCAGUCUGGGCAGCGCUGCACUUGAAAGAUGCAAAGGUGUGGAAUUUAGUGCACAAAGAUCAAAAUCACAACACAAAUUGAAAACCAUGGGAGUUUAUGCAUAAUUUAGUCUUCAUUUUAUUACACUAUUUACCAUAUGCUGUUUUGAGACUAUUCACUGUAGAUCAGUCUGAAGAUUAGACAGAAUUUUUUCUCAGUUACCGUUUUGUGAAUGCAUAUAUUUUGUGAAUACAAAUCUUAUCAGUUGGAGUUUUCCUCUUCUUUUAAACUGUUUUUUCCCCAAAACCCCCUAUGUUUCAUUUUCUGAGAUGGCACACUGUAUGGGGCAGAGAGUGAAAUGCAGAGUUGAACCCUAGAGGAUUUGUGUUUGACCUGGCCAAAAUCCCUGCAAUGGCAAAUGCCUGUUAUUACACAGAAGAUGAGCCAGCUGCAAAGGAGAGAAAAAUGUUCUUGUUUUGGUUGCUUAUUCUGCUAGGAAGAACAUGGAGAUUCCUUCUUUCACUUGACAAGGUGUGGCCUUCUGCUGAAAGUCUCCCAACAGGUACUCUUGCUUCUGCAGCACAACUAUUCAGCCAGCACCUGGCUGUCAGGGGCCAUGGGCCGUUUCUCCUGUUCCACUCCGUGGUAGCUGAUAAGCAAAUACAAAUGUUUAGAAUGUGGCACCACUACUUAAUAGUAUCAUUUUACCCCUUCUCAUAUAGACAGAAAGGCUGCUUCCUCUUGAAUCUUGUGAUCAAGGAUUCCAGCAUCAUCGGUAAUUUACUCAGGGCCACAAAGAGAAUCGUGCUUUGCUUGUUAAUGCUUUUUCUACCUGAUAUUAUUAUUAUUAUGUAUGUUCCUAAUAAUGCCAGCAUUCUGUACUGUUCUGGGUUUGGGAAAGGUGCUGGUAGGAGAGGGAGAAAACAGGUGAUUGUUUGGAUUUUUUGUUUUGUUGUGGUUUUUAAAUCCCUUUUCUAGUUCUUCAAUCAGGUUUUGUUUUUCUUACAUAAUUUUUCCCCCCUGAUACUUAGCUUUAAAGAUGCUGUUGUGUUAAGCUUCAAGGCACUUUAUAGUGCCUUUAUAGAGGAAUAAUUUCAACUGACUGAAACUCAGCAUUACUCUGAAGUAAUGAAAGAUUGUGAAAAGUUUCUAUGACACCAAACUUGACUUCAGUUGCUGAAGACUUAAGAGCUUUCAUUGAUUGUCUCUGUAAUAGGAGAUUUUGUAAUGAACUUCUGUUUUGUGUGAACAUAGGUUAGUGACAGUUGUAAUAAGAAACAAAUCUGAACAUAACCUCCCUUGGGUUUUAUGAUCAAUGGAAUCCCAGGGUCUUUUAAAGUGUGGGUUUUUUUACUAAUCCACAACAGCAGAAUUGAUGAUUUCUAUCAGAUUUGACAGAAGCUGGGGACUUAUGAAACUUACUAAUUUUCUCCAAGAUCUCAGGCUCUAAAGCUGCAAAACCUACAUUUUUGCAAGUUAUUUGAUUCUCCUGAUGGAUGGAUUCAUUAAGAAUGAGGCAAGGAAAGAGGACGAAAACAGAUAACGUGUAACUCUACAGGAACCUGCAGACAUCAACUCAAGAUGUGCAGAAACUUAAUGGGUGAACAGAGCCCCCGGUGAUCAUGAAUUCCUUGUCUGUGGAGAGGAUACAGGGAACGAUACUCUUGGUAGCUGGGAAGCCACUCUUGUCAAGUCUCUAUUAACACCAGACUAAAAGGAUCUUGGAGCACCUUUGGGUUAAAUAAAUGCCACAUUUUGGGGUCCCCUCACGAAAAGCUACUCCUUCCUGUCACUUUUUACCUUCUCUGCAUGUUCUUGAGGUUUCUCAUUUUCUGCAUGGGAGGUCUCAGAGACAGCCUUCAGCCCUUCAAGUGUUCCUUUUGCUUCCCCAAGGACAGCGCUGUUACAAAAAGUAGCUUUCUCGCCUGCCAGAAGGGCUACCUCUCACCUCUGCCCUCUGAAAAGAGACUAUCAAGGGCUGUCAUCUCUUCAGAAGACUAUAAACAAGAGAGCAGGAGGUACUUGCAAGAGCAGCAAAACAGGAGUCACUGCAUGUAAAACAAAAAUAUGAUUGCUACAGUGAAGCAUGCUCUAUGAGCUUUAGAAAGGGGAUAACACUGGGGCACCCAGUAUAGACAAGUGGUCAGUAUUUAGAUAUUUUUCCUAUAUAUUGGGAAAAAAAUUCAAUACAAGACAUUUUUAAUAAUUAUGGAGACUAUUCCAAAGGCAAAACAAGCCAAGUCAGCACUAACAACCUGGUGAUGGUGUACAUUUAAAUAAAAAGUUAUCAAAGAUGAUUUUUUUCAUGUGUUUUAUGCUAAAUAAGCAAUGAUUUCCAAGGUUUAGCCAAAUAUGUUAGAGCUCUUAAAGUAGUUUCUGUUCUGUGUUUUAACAAGUUUUCCUGUUUUAAAGACAGAUGUAAUUAAUAUAAUUAAAAGUUAUAAUAAUUUUCUCCCAGAGAAAAAAUAAAUUACUUAUCCCAUCUAAUACAUGUGUGUAUGUGCAUGGGCACAUAUAUGUAUGUAUAUAUAUGUGUGUGUUUGGGGUUAUGGAUGUGGAAGCAUCAGCAUAUGCACAUGUACACUCCCUGCUCUUUCCCAUAAAAUACUUUUUUUAAAAUUUUGGUAAUUUUUAAGGGGAAUGCUUCUUCUAAGAAAUACAUGGUUGAUUCCUUUCUUCCUUCAUGCAUCAGCUCUGUUUGGUGUGGUAAUUUUUUUAAUGAUGUCAUGUUUGUCGCAGACUUUUUUUGUUCUGUUUGUUAUAAAAUAAUUCAACUGUAUGGGAAGAGGGACCAACAUUAACUGUUAUAGUCAUUAAAAGAAAAGGAAAGUUUACUUUCCAAACCAAUCAUAAUGGAUGAAGCAAUGGAAUACAAAUAUGAAUAUGAAUAAACGUAACAAUGCAGAAGUGUUGUUUAGUUAUUUGGCAUCUAAUUCUUCAGCAAGAAAAAUGCAUACCACAUUUUUCAUACCACAGAGCAGAAUUCCCUGGCAGGCUCCCUGGACUCAGAGGUGAGAUCCAUCACUGCCAAUAAACCAGCUUCACAGUCCUCCUGUCACCAGUGUGACACCAAGAAAAAUGGACCAAAUGUCAUGCUAGUGCGAACUUGGCAGCCUCUAACCAACACUGUGGGAGCAGAUGAAGCAUGUGAGUAGCCGUUCCUUAGCUAAGCUGGCCUGCUGGUUUUUGUCUGUCAAAUAUUUGAGCUUGGGUAACUCACGGGCCUUAUGAUGUCCUUUACCUGACUCCUGAUGAGACACUCCGAAGAGUGUCCACGAAUGACAGGUAAGUAGCACCAAGCCAGUUAAAGGCAAAGUUUUGUCUCCUAAAAACAAAACUCAAGAGCCUCGGUUAGAAUUUGGCUGCCCAGAGGAAAAGAGGUCUAAUAGGGCAAUAGAAACUAUCUCCAGCAUACAGACUUGGGAGCUCAACUGCAUUCUUCUCUUUGUCCUCAUUGCUAAAGCACAAAUAAGCACAUAUAUGCGCAUAAUUACAUGUAAAAGUACUGUACCUAAUAUGAGUCAGGUAUUGAGCUCAAGAAGAGCAGGAGCAUUGGGGUUAAGAAUGGCACUGUAGAGACAACCUGUCAUUGAAGAGAUGGACACGACACACCAUGCAGCAUCUCAAAAGCUUCUCUUUUAUUUGCUGUGUGUUCCCUUUUUAUAAAUUUCUAAACAAAGCAUGUACAGAAUAUAUUUCUAAACAAAGUGUGUACUUAAAUUACUGGUUAAUUAAAAUAGCUCAUCGUGUUCAUAAGUAAAAAGCAAUUAACGUCAAUAUAUUUGUCAAUCAUUCAUUAAAAAAAUCUAAAGGAACAUACUCAUUGCUGUUUCUACAAAACUGAAAAACUGCAAAUAUCCCUUUAAUUGUCUUUGUUUUAUAAGCUCACAUGCCAAUAACCUUGUCCUUUUCCUUUCAGAGGUGUACAUGAAUCUUAUCAUCUUCUUUUGCUAACUCAAUCAUUUGGCUCAAUAUCCCACUGUCAGUCCCGCCCCCCCCAGACCAACCCAGUAAGAGAGCUGGGUUUCACAGGUCUCUCUCUGGCAUGAGGAAGGACUGAAGAUUAGAGAUGCUGGGACUAAUGGAGUAACUGGAAAACAGCUGCUGAGGGAAACUGAGGAACUUGGCAAGCUGAAGGAAACCCAAUGGCAAAGGCAGCAGGAAGUUUUGCAGGGUAGCAUGUGCAUCUCUGUACACCAGAAGGCUGUGCCACCAUUCAGAGGGCACUCAAAAGUUUGAGUGAAAGCUCAAUGAAGAGAAAGCUCAUGAAGUUGAAUAAAGGGAAAUGGAAAGUCCUGCAACUGAGAGGACCAGACUCAGCCUAUAUAUGCAGGAGCCACCCAGCUGAAAAGCAGUUUGGCAGGGAAGGACCCAGGACCCCAGUGGUCACCAAGCUCACCACAACCCAAUAAUAUGCCCUCAUGACAAAUGUCAAAAAGCCUCCUGGACUGCACUAAGAAGAGUGUCACCAGCAGUUCAAGGGCUGAUCUCUCCUCUGUGAUCAGCCCUGGUGAGGCAUGUCUGGAGUGCUAUGUCCACUUCUGGGCGCAUCAAUACGAGAAAGUACAGAGUAGAGGAAUGCAGAAAAGGCCCACAAGCAUGAUGAAUGAACCAAGGCAUCCCUCCCACAAGGAGAAGCUGAAAGAGACGAGACUGUUUAUCCUGUAGAAGGCCAAUAGGGGAUGUUAUCCCUGCGUAUAAACAUUUAAUGAGGUGAGUGAAGAAAACAAGCAGACUUUUCUCAGUGGUAUCCAAUGACAGAAGCAAUUGGACACAAAGUACAGGAAACUUCUGUUAAACACAUGAAAAACCUGUUCAAAGUGACCUUGGCUCUGAGUGGGACAUUGGACAAGGGACUGCCAGCAGUGCCUCCAGUCCAGUGUUUUGGUGGGCGUGCCACCACAGCAGCCUAUCGAGGCUGUCCAGCAGUGAUGAGGAUCUUCAGUCUGCUGUUGACAAUCCCCUUGUCAAGGCCAGAAGAGACCUGUUCUGUCAGGGGAAAACACCGUAGGAAACCCUCCUAUAGAAUGUUGUUGCACUCUUCCCUCAUUUUCCCUAUCCUGAUUCCAUACAGUAGUAAAAGCUGAACAGCAAGAGGAAGCCACCUCCCUGCAUCAGCUGAGAAGCAAAGGAGCUGGGCAGAAGUGACACUGGCUAUUGCAGCCCACAUGCUUUGCUGCACUGCACAUGUUGUCUCAGCUCUGCAUUACCAGCAUAAAUAGGAUGAUUUUUUCCUGCUGCUGCUCAAUAUGAUGGCAAAGCAGGAUUCAGCCUCCCUUUUCUAUUCCAGACUGCUCUUCACAGUCCUUGUAGAGAGCAUAAAAUAAAAGUGAGGCAAAUGCUGCAGGUGAUGGGGUGAAAACCAAGCGGAUUUAAAAAAAAAAAAAAAAAAUAGAUCUGACAGAGAACAGAUGACACUUAUUGUUUGAAACUUUAGAUUGUAUUUAAUAUGUCAUGGCAAUUAGAGCAGUUAAAGUAAAUUGACAGGUCAUGUGAAGGUGUCACCCACCUGAUGGAUGCAUUUUGGGAAGUGGACCUAUUCUGACAGAGUAAAAGCCACACGUUACUCACACCUCUAAAAGCCAUACCGUAGGUAAUUACUAACAAUUCAGUAAUUAAUAUGGCACAAAGGGUAGCAGUAGUUAGGAGGAGAGGUACAUAAACAGCAGGGUUCUAUUGGUGUAAUCACACUCUAUCCAUUGAAAGUAAAAAAAAAAAACCACAACAACAUAAAACCAAAACCAUACCAUUGAAGAAAUUUGGCAUUUACAACAUAUCAGCUGUGUCCUGGAAUACUCCUAGAGCACCACAAAAUCUUGUCAGGUCAGUCAGCUCUGUAAAUCAGGACUCUUCUUUAUUUUUGUUCAGUGUUAAGCACGUUUCAUGUUACUUUCUGACUUGCAAUGGGCAGCAGCCACCAGCUCAUGCGCUAGAAAGGUCUCAUAACAAGAGAUGGGCUUCUAAAAAGUGACAUCACUUUCACCAAAUGAAGGAAGGAGCUUGCUGAACACACCUAUCUUUAUGUGAAUGGAGCAGCAAAACAUCAACGUGGCUGGGACCGAACUGAACGAAGCUGCAUCCUUUAUUGCUGGUAGCUUCUGGCUCAGCAGUCUUGUCAUUUUAGACAAACUGUCAAUUUGUUUUCUACACACUGGCAUCAAUGUUCAUUAGUAGAAAGAGAAUCAGUGGAUGCAGUGAUAGUAAAAAGAUUCUGGCCCAUGUUUGGAAGACCUCCUGAGUCUGCAGAUAGGUUUAAAGUCAGCUGUGAGGGAUUAUCCAAGCCGUGUCUCACCAUGAGUGCUGGAGUGCACUCAUGGUCUCUGUCUUUCAGCCUCCCCUGGUCUCAAGCUGUGAAAAUCAGAUGUUUCCACAAACUGUUCCAUUGUUCUCCCAGAAGACAAGUGUUUAGUAAACUAAAUGUAUGUGCACUUUAUAUUAUGUGUUGGGGGUUAGAUUUGUUUUUUUUUUUCUUCUCACAGAAUUUUUUCCCAUAAGUUUCCAAGAAGCCUUGAUGACUGCUUAGUCAGAACAAAAAGGAGUACUUGAGAGAUAUAGCAGCACGAGGCUACACCUAUUGUUUAUGAGUCCCUGGGAGUGUCCCUCAGAGAGGAGAGAUGAUGAGCUUUGGGAAAGGCAAAAAGACAGAUCUGGGGGAGGGGGAGGCACUCUUGCUCUCAGCGCCGAGGAGGACGGUCAGGCUGCCCUCUGCCUCUGCCUCGUCCUGGGAAAUCUAUCGUCAUCUGCUGUGUACCCGGGAAUCCUGAACUCGCUUUCUCCAGCCUCUCCCCCCACCGCCGCUGCUUCUUCGGAGCUUUGAGGCUCUCCUGCUACUCUGUAGCCCUGCACUGCCCAGCCCUGCCGGGACACCCCUGCUGCUCCAGCUGCCAGCGCAGAGCUCCUCAUCUCAUCCACCGGCCCGAGACUUUCCUUCCUUCCAGCUCAGCCUCUCGGAGCCCUGCAGGGGCACCGAGAUCAAACUGCUCUGGGCUUUUGUAAAAGAAAGCCCUCAAGGUUCUUGGUUCUGUUUAUUAUUGAUACUGUAGUUGUUGUUUGUUUGUCGUUUUGUCAUAUAUACUAGUAAAGAACUGUUAUUCCUACCCCCAUACCUCUACCUGAAAGCUCCUUUAAGUUUCUUUUAAUCAGAAUAAUUUAAAAGGAAGAGAUUUGAAUUCUCCACCUCUAGAGAAGUCCUGCCCCUUCCUAGCAGAUAUCUGUCUUUCAAACCAAGACAUUAUGUUAACAAAAUAACUAUUAACUAUUCCACCACCUGUUCAAGCUUUCUGAGGCUUUGUCUUUGAAAAUAAUCAGAGAAAUAAGCUAACAGUGCAGUCCAAGACCUCUCAUAACCAGUAGCUUCAGGGACACACACAGGUGAGUCAUGCAGAGUUAAGUCCAAGCAUUAAGUCACCUGAUGUCCCAGUUGCCACUCCCAGCCAUACCAGUACUAUGGCAAAGUAAUCUAUUUAUUUGAUUGCCUAGUUUUUAAGGAACUAUGAUCAAGUUGAAGCAACAAAUGAUAUUUACUAGUUGAAAAACUCUUAAAACCCUUAAAAUCCUAAUAAUCUAAUAUACUGCAUUUGUCCUUCUUAAACAUGAUGAUAUGCAAUACCUAAACAGGACCUACAAGAAAACUUUGGACAAGGGCUUGUAGUGAUAGGACAAGGAAUAAUAACUUUAAACUGAAAGAAGACAGGUUCUAUCAGCUUCCUGAGGCACUGGAACAGUUUGCCCAGGGAUGCUGUUCAAGGAGAGACUAGAUGCAGCUUUGAGCAACCUGCUCUAGGGAGGGAGGUGACCCUGCCCAUGGCAGGAGGGUGGGAACUAGGUGACAUUUACAGUUCCUUCCAACCCAAACCAUUCUAUUGCUUCUGUCGUGACAGGUAAAAGAUUUAUAAAUGAAAGGCCUCAUAAAAUCAGGCCUGCUCUGCUAAAUGGCCACAUUUAGCCUGUCAUUUCUAAGUAAUUUCCAAGUUGCCACGCCAAAACAAUCUUAGUAUGAAAACUCGUUAGCAUAAUAACCUAUUCCUGAAAAACAAAUGCACCUGCAAUAACAAGGGAUUUGUCCCAUGAGAAUCAGUAAAGAUAACAAUCCAUGAAUAGAGAUUUGAUGGACAAUACCAUUUACUAACCAAUAGAGUAAUUGGCAAGAAAGCUAUUAACCAAUUAAAGUUGCACAUGAGGUCUGUAAAAACUGUAUAAAAUGUGUUGUGAUAAUAAAAAAUUGGCUUUUCCUUCAUGAAGAUAAGAGAGUCUCGGCUAACUUAUUCCAAUAUGCAUCUAUGAUUUUUGUUGUGGUGUGGUUUUGUUCAUUUAUUUCAUGUAUGUUCAUGAAGUUGAAUGGUUUGUUCCAUAUACCCCUGUGCCUGUCUUCACUUGGUUUUACCCCGGAAUUCCCCCUCCUUGGAUUGCUUGUCAUUCCUCUGUUUCCCCUCCUCUAGAGUCUGCCCAUCAUCUUGGGGCCCCUCCCUUGAGCAAGAAAGUUCUGAGGAAGGCACCGAGUGACAGGUCAAGACCAGAGGAAGUACCUCCUUCUCCUACUGGGUUGGUUCCUGGAAAUGCCUUUUAUCCUCAGAGCCACGCCCAAGUCACCCCUGAUAGAUAGGCUGAUACCUUUCUCCUUCCGCUUUCCCACCCCUCCAUAAAAGUUGCUGUAAGCUGGCUCUGCUUGAGCAGGUCGAAGGAUGUGAGGAGGUUUCAGAAGAGACUCCAGUACACUCUUGUGACAGCUCUGCAGAGUCCUUCCUUCUCUUCCUUGCUGUUGUCACUACCUUUCUGUCUGUGUCCUCCAGUGCUGUUCAGGACAAGGACUCAGCAGGUUGGCCCAACUUGCAUGCCUUGCUGGCCGUACCAAAAGCCGCUGUGGUGCCAUAGCUAGCCAGGCAGGCAUGAGAAGGCACCUCAAGCAGGCACCGCAGCAGAUUUUGUCACUAAAUUUCUGAGGGAGUGCAUGUGCCUAGGAAGGAGAGUUGAUUUCCGUAAAUAAGCAGGUCUCACUGACAGGAGACAUUUUAUUAAGCAUUCCUGUGCUAGAUUUUCCUAGCAGAAAACAAAAAUCGGUACAAAAAUGUGAUAAACGACAUGGGAUAAUUUGUGUUUAUUGUGCAUAUAAAAUACAAGUUAAGAAAUGUUCUGUAAAAUGUAUGAAAAAAUCGGUCGGGCUUGGGGCAGACAGAUUUUUAGGAUGGACAACUGCCUUUGCUGGGAAUUUGGGAUGAACAAUACCCCUGUCGGGAAGCCAGGAAAUACAAAAUUAGCAAUAGAAAAGAAGGUGGGUCCGGAGACAGAUGGGUCUUCUUGGGUGGAUCCAGCCAUUAGGACCAAUAUGGAUCUCGCUCCAUCAUCUGGGAGACGCCUCUCUAUUCACAAUUUCUGAGAAACUGAAUUAAUACUCACAGAACCAUUUAAUAGACCAGCUGGCAGAGAGGAACUCCCCUGAAUAUGAAGGAAAAGAAGAAAGACAAAGAUGUGGAGAAAUACUCUGCCCCCAGCUAACUAAACUGUUAAGGAAAGACUGGAUUUGUGAAAGGGGGAGUUACAGUGUGCUGGAGGCCAUAGCUAAGGUUUACCCAGUGCCAAUCUCGGGAACUCAACACUGAACUUCCGAUUGUUGGCUUAUUCUAAAUUUUGUUUUGUUGAUUCUUGAUAAUUAAUAAACGUAUUUAUUAAUCUGGAAUUGG